AUGGUGACGUCGCGGCCUGGGGCGGGGCCCGGCGCGGGUCGGGGAUUAAAGCGCGAGCUGCCCGGCUGUUAACGGUCGGCGCUGAGCGAGGCGACAAGCGGAAGGCAGCCAUGGGCAACCGGGUGGCGCGCGAGGACUUCGAGUGGGUCUACACCGACCAGCCGCACACGGCGCGCCGGCUCCAGAUCCUCGCCAAAUAUCCUGAGAUCAAGUUGUUGAUGGGCCCAGAUCACAACCUAAAGUGGAUCAUCAUCCUGAUGGUAGCAGUGCAAGUUCUGGCCUUCUACCUUGUGAAGGACUUGGAAUGGAAGUGGGUGAUAUUCUGGGCAUAUGUAUUUGGUGGGUGUAUAAACCAUUCCAUCACACUGGGCAUCCAUGAAAUCUCUCACAAUGCUGCAUUUGGGCACAAGUAUGCACUGUUCAACCGCUUUUUUGGGAUGUUUGCUAAUCUUCCUGUUGGUCUGCCAUACUCGGUCUCCUUCAAGAGGUACCACAUGGAUCAUCAUCGCUACAUGGGUGGAGAUGGUAUUGAUGUUGACAUUCCCACAGAUUUUGAGGGCUGGUUUUUCUGCACCAGACUAAGGAAGUUUUUCUGGGUUGUCCUGCAGCCACUGUUCUAUGCCACGCGCCCACUCUGCAUCAACCCCAAGCCCAUCACUCACUUGGAGAUCGCUAAUCUGGUUGUUCAGUUAACCUUCAACCUGCUGAUAUAUAAUCUCUGGGGAGCAAAACCAAUUGUUUACAUGUUGGCAGGAUCUCUUCUGGGAAUGGGCCUUCAUCCAAUCUCUGGACACUUCAUCGCUGAGCACUACAUGUUUCUGAAAGGACAUGAAACCUACUCUUAUUAUGGCCCCCUCAAUCUAAUCACCUUCAAUGUUGGAUAUCACAAUGAACAUCAUGACUUCCCCAGUAUUCCAGGCUGUAGACUUCCUCAGGUGAAGAAGAUAGCAGCUGAGUACUAUGACAACCUGCCCCAGUAUUCUUCCUGGGUGAAAGUGCUCUAUGACUUCAUCAUGGAUGAUACGAUCAGCCCUUACUCUCGGAUCAAGAGAACAGUGAAAGAUGCAAAACAGGACUAGGAGUGAACUUGCCAACAGACAGAAAAAUGGUGGCUUGCCUGCUGGGCAAAUUUAAGCUGUUUUUGCAAAUCUUGCAAGAACAUUGUAUUAAGUGUCUUUGUGCAAACCAUGCACUAACAAUAUUAAGUCUAUUAAAGUGUUGUUUGCUAAUUAUUUUUGCUCAGCUGAAACUAAUUCAGGGAAUUAAGUGACUGCAGGAUGUCUGUCUGGCAAAGGAAAAGGUGAUCUUGGCAAUGGAAAGCUUUGACAAUUAUAUUGUGGAACUGUUGUCUGUUAGGUUGAGUUUUCCUCUGUGCCAAGGGUCAUAUCUGAUCACCUCCCCUUCAGGUGGUUCUGAGUAUUCUUUAGUUUAACUUUAUGAGCUCGAAUUUGAGUCAGUUAUACUUGAAGCAGUUCAAUGACUGGGUUGUUGCCUGUUUCAGUAGCUCAUGUUAUUCUUCAACUUAAGUGGAUGGUGUUUGUCUACAGUUGUAGAAAUGGCAAAAACGGCUGUUCAGAGUGGUUGCUGGAGGCAGUAGAGGAGAGGCAUUGGUAUACUGCUAACAGUGGCAACUCCGAAUUGGGUGGGAUUAAACCACAUUUUCCCUCCAGUUUAAGUAAGUCUCCUUACUUAACCAAGUCAGUCUCCUGAAGUUCAGCAGUUCUACUCUCCAUUUUCAGGGUUUUAAUGUGAGAUGAAGGAGAAUGGCAAAUUCCUGCCUUUGGUGGGUGUGGGGAAAAUCUACUGGUUCAUAAAACUGACUAAAGAAUGAGUCUGUAGCCAAAGAAUACUUGUGGGGAAACUUGCUCAUUGAUUGCUGACUGCUUCCCCUUCCUGUUUUGACUGCAAGGAUCAGUUUCUGCACUGAUUGGUUUACUUUGCAUGUAUUUGUACUGAUGCUUCUAAUGUUAAAACCACCCAAUGUUUUCCAUUUUGCAGUGGAAAAAUAAAUAGCUUUAAUACCUCAA